UGUAUACGAGGUGUAUGAAGUGAAAAAACUAGGAACGAAUUGUCUGGUAAUGCGAAAUCACGUGAUAGUAAAAAUGGCCGACGAACGAGAACCACCCCCAUUUGGUGAAGAUGAAAACCAAAAGGAUGACGAAGACUUGUUUACAGAAGCCACUGAGGACCAAGUUAAAGAAAGCUCACCAGAACCAGAACCUCAGAAAGUGCCAAUAAAACCAGACAUAGGUUUAUUUGGAGAUGAUGAGGGAGAUGAAGUGAAACUAGAAUCAGAUGAGGAGCCAUCACAUGAAGAGAAGAAUGAUAUAUUUGAAGAUUCCAAGCCUGUUGUAAUGCCAGAACCAGUCAUAACACCUCCCAUUAAAGAGGAAACACCCAAACUCCCUGUUAUCCAGAGCUCAGCAACAGCAGAACCAAAGGUGACAACUUCCAGGAAAAACACUGAUCCACCCGAGCCUGAAAAUCAGUACAGCAUCUCCAUCAAAGUAGCAGAGCCUCACAAAGUCGGGGACGGAAUGGGGGCGUACAUGGUGUAUAAAGUCAUCACCAAGACUACAAUGCCGGUCUUUAAGAGCCCUGAGAUGUGUGUGACUCGCCGAUUUAGUGACUUCCUGGGACUCUACAGUAAACUACACGAGAAACACACAAAAACGGGCCUCAUCGUUCCGCCAGCUCCAGAGAAGAGUGUCAUUGGAAUGACAAAGGUUAAAAUGUCAAAGGAAGAAUCUAAUACAGCGGAUUUUAUACAACGAAGAAGAGCAGCAUUGGAAAGAUACCUAAACAGAACUGCCACCCACCCAGUCCUGCAGAUUGAUCCAGAUUUCCGAGAAUUCCUAGAAAAAGAGGGGGACCUUCCGAAGGCAACCAGCACUUCAGCUCUGAGUGGGGCCGGUGUGCUUCGACUCUUCCAUAAAGUGGGCGACGUAGUGGAUAAAAUAUCCUUCAGGAUGGACGAGUCAGAUGAGUGGUUUGAGGAGAAGCAGAACCAGGUGGAGAGUUUAGAGAAUCACCUCAGGAAGCUCCACACCAGCAUGGAGGCCCUGACACAGCACAGGCGAGAACUGAGCAAUAUGACUGCCCAGUUUGCCAAGAGUGCAGCCAUGUUGGGCACGGCAGAAGAACACACUGCCCUCUCUCGAGCUCUUUCGCAGCUUGCAGAAACUGAGGAACGAAUUGAAACGGUGCAUGCUGAUCAAUCCGAUCACGACUUCUUCAUUAUGGCAGAAUUGUGCAAAGACUAUGUAGCCCUUUUAGGAGGAGUUAAGGAAGUCUUUCAUGAGCGAGUGAAAUGUUACAAAUCUUGGAAAGAGGCAGAAGCAACACUGACUAAAAAACGGGAGAACAAAGCGAAACUGGAGAUCGCUCGCAAGAUGGACAAAGUUCCGCAGGCUCAGGAUGAAAUUUCAGAGUGGGAACAGAAAGUAGACAAAGGAAAAGACGAAUUUGACAGAAUUUCCAAAGCCAUAAGAAAAGAGGUUGCUAGGUUUGAUAAAUACCGAGUAGAGGAUUUUAAGGACAGCGUUGUCUUGUACUUGGAGCAGAUGAUGGAGAAUCAGCAGAGAAUAAUGAAAUGUUGGGAAGCGUUCUUACCGGAAGCCAAAGCCAUUGCUUAGCUAGAUCCUAGUCCAGGUCGACAUGGGAUUAUUUUAUUUAAUUCAUUAUGUUUGAUUUCGAUACUGAGAUUAUGUGAAUGGGAAGUGCGGGCAUGUACAUGUAUUUUUGGAGUGUGGGAACAAGUUUGAUAAGACAGUCAUGUGCAAUAAGAACACACUAAACUGGCUUAGAUGGACGCAAUAUUUUGUAAAUGUGAAGACUUUGACAAAUGGUGAUGAUAUAAUAUGCUACAUACAUUCCACUGGUAAUUGCAGUGGUCUACUGUGGUCUAUUGCAACACAAAUUUUAUGUAAAAUAAACUGUUACGUAUUAUUAAA